UGACCUCUGCUGGAACAGCUGGGGAAAGUUUUUCGGAAUGCGUUUUCACGCUGUCUUCUCGAGACAACAACAGCAAGUCCAAAGAUAUAUAAGCGUACUAGUAACCCUGUCUGUAUUUGCCGCUACCUACCGGAUAUACAGAUACAGCGCAAAUGCUUUCUUGGACAUGUUAACUUAAAGCGACUCGAUGGCCGAUCUCACAUCAGCACUCGAGUUGCAGCUGUCGGAGAUCGAACUACUGACCAGUAUGUUCCCCGGACAGGGAGAGCUGGUCCUAGAUGACCCCGCCUCCCUAGCGGAUGUCCGGCAGUACGUGGACGGACAGACGGAUGCACCGCCGGCAGCACGACUGGAGUUCACGGUCAACCUUAAGGAACCGCAACAGGUCUCCAUCCAGUGCUCCUUUCCUCAUGAGUAUCCUGAAGCACUGCCUGACAUCAGUGUCUGGACUUCCUCUAUGACUCGUCAGAGCCAGUCUCAACUCAACCUGGAGCUGUCACAGUACCUACAGUCCCUUCCCCGCGGAGAGCUCUGCGUAAACUCAGCCCUGGAGUGGGUACAGGAUAACGCAUCCAGGUUUCUCGAAUCAGCUAGCCCCUCGAAAGGGACGAGUCCAGCCAACGUUGCGUCUCGGACAUUUGCCCGAUACUGGAUCUACAGCCACCACAUACAGAGCAAGUUCAAAAGGAGGGACCUGAACGAAUGGGCAGGUAAACUGGGAGUAACUGGAUUCUACCUCCCCGGCAAACCUGGAAUCAUCUGUGUGGAGGGAGGGAGGGAACGAUGCGAAGAGUACUGGAAAUGGGUUCGGGAACUGAAUUGGAAGAAGAUUUCCUUGCGCCACCACGAAGAAACGGAGGUGGCGGAGGGACAGACCGUAGACAGCCUUCGAAAGUUCCAGGGAUUUGGGGAGAAAGUUUUUGGUGCCCAUAACUUUCAUGGUAGAAACUUCCACAUGGACCUAGGGGAAUUCUAUCAGUUCUUGAAGGAACACCAAUGUGAGACCAUCUAUGCCAUUCUUUUUGGUGUUGAAGGCAAGAGUACAGACAGUUGAUGGAAUUACAUUAGACCUUAGAAUAACCUACAAAAAUACUUACAUACCAGCGUUGGCCAGUGUGCAGAAAAAGGAAUAAUUUAGUGCCAUUAUAGAUGUCUUUGAAUCAUUGAUCUCCAAACAGAUAAGGACAGUAUAAAAAAAAGACAAAAUUGUUUCGUCGCUCAGGCUCCCUUUUACACAAACAGGUUGGAAUGAGGAGCUUUAGAAAUGUGCUGAUUUUGCCUUUGUAUAUCUGCUUGGAGAGUAGAUUAUCCUCAUGAAUUCGGGUGAGUUUCCUGGGCUAAUAAGGACUCCACACCAGUGCCAUACCAUGGAAAUGAUGACAUGACUUAAAAUUUUGACAGCUACAUACGUGUACAUGUUUUUUUUGGUGACAUGAAUACGUGUUCCUGUGUCAAAGUGUCUAAAUUUUGAUACUAGUAGUGAAUCUGAAGAAUGAUUUUGUACAGCCUUUUCUAGACUUAUCAUAAUUAAGAGAACAAAGCCUGUGUCAACAUCAUUAGAUGAUAAGGUUAUAGACCUCUGAGAAUGAUGUAAUCAUAAUUCACAAAAGUGAUAAAAGACGGGAAAUACAUGUAUCAUCAUAAUUAGAGAUCGGCGACCUCAUACCUCCAUGAAAUAUUUAGCGCUUUUGCAAAUUUUGUGCAAAUGACUAAACAUUUACAUGAUUUAUGUAUGGUGAUGUUCAUCAUUGACUAACAGUACAUGUCACAAGUAUAAAAUUACCAUCAUAAAUAUUUAACGUUAAGUGGUUUUGAAUUUUUUGCAUAUAUUAUACUAAUUAUUUCCUCAUUUGCAUAAAUUUGUAUCUGGUACCUGCCCAUGUUCCACCUAUCAUAAUUUACAUGUCUUACAUUGAUUGAAGUCCAUUUAUUGAAAACAAUCAAAUUAUGCAAUUUCCUCACUGAUUAUGCAUAUAAGUCCUCAUUUGCUUAACAUGUAUAUUUUUAUGAACAUCUUUGCCUAAGCUAUCUGCAUGCCUUAAGUGAUGGAAAUCCCUUGUUCCUUUCUGCAUUUGUUCUCUUUGGAAUGUCUUGCACUUAUCCUCUUUGGAAUGACAAAAAUGCCUGUGCAGUUUCCAAAUUAAAUGUUAGGGGGGCUCAAACUUGCCCGAUUUUGUUAUGACCCUGAAAGCUAUCUGACACCCAAAUGUCAAACCGUAUCAUGUCCAGGACUAGAGAUAUAUUGAAAAAACUGUAUAAAGAGACUCUUUUUAC